AUGGAUCAGCUUGGAACAACUACUGCCUUGAUGAAUACAUCUUCCAAUGUUGGAAGUAGACCAGUUUCUGGAUCUCCUCGUACACCUGGUUCUGCUGGUAGAUCAAAGGUAUUCGACCAAAUAUUUUUGUCACGCGUUGCCGUCGUCGGGUCUUUCACGAUUUAUAUUGGUUACAAUGAUAUCUUGUUAGUUCAGUUAUUCUGCUCAUCUGUUCCGUCAAAAUACGUGUUAUUGUCUCUGUGGACGGAUUCUAUAAUGUAUAGAAAGGCUGGGAUUGCAUCAAUUAAAAGCAAAUCGCUUGCUCAGUCGAAGUACAAAGAAAAAAGUGAUGAGUUAGCAGGAAAUCAGAUAACAACACUAUCACGACAGUUUGAACAAGUUCGUCAGUCGCUUGAAUUAUUUGCGUGCAAACACGGGAACAAGAUUAAAGAGGAUCCACAGUUACGUUCACAAUUUCAAGCAAUGUGUAGUAGUAUUGGUGUUGACCCUAUAGCAUACAGUCGUGGGUGUUGGUCAGAAGCAUUAGGUUUGGGGGAAUUUUACUACCAUCUAGGUGUGAAAAUUAUUGAGGUAUGCAUGGCUAACCAAAAACACACUGGAGGCAUUAUACCUCUGCAUGAAUUGGUAUCUCUAUUAAACAAAAACAGAACACGAUAUGAGUCUGAAGUUAGUGCUGAUGACGUAAAAAGGUCUAUCAGAAAACUGCGUUGUCUAGGAACAGGGUUCAGUCUCAUUAGUCUAUCUGGUGGUCGGUUAUUGGUCCAGUCGGUUCCAGGUGAAAUGAAUAUGGAUCAAACUUUGGUGUUGGGGCUCGCAGAAAGUUCUGAUAGUCAUGUAACAGCAUCAGCCGUAAUAGAUAAAUUUGAUUGGACUAAAGAUCGUACAGACGCUGCCUUUCGCCAUUUAAUGCAAGAAGGUAUUGCAUGGGUUGAUGAUUUAGAUCCUUGUGGUGAAAGAGUAUUUUGGUUUCCUAGCUUAAUGGGCUCAAUAAUUACAUCAUAA